GAGGCCGUGACUAUUGGGCGCUCUCCCGCUGGGCACCUAUUUGUUCCACAACUCAUGUACAAGCCUCAUACCAGCAGCGACCGCCGUCGGUAUGUGGAGGAGGUCAAUCUGGAUCCGCCGAUAUAUUUUUGGGUUCAGGAUCCGUCAGAAUGUGGUCUACCUUUGUCUGACGCUUUGCACUCACGUGUCAGGCGUCUAAUUGAUCGUGACGAACCAAUGUUUAAGGACCGAGGGCCCAGCGUUUCGGUGAGAAUCGAAUGGCCUGGUUAUCGUCCGUGGAGUCGACAAAUCCCAGCAAGGGAUUUUCGAACACCGCCAUGCCCUAUCACCCGCUCCAAAUUGGCAAAGAACGUAGCGAAAUGUGUGCAGCGAUUCAUUCAGGAACGACAAGCGGUACCAAUGGAAGACGACUCGAGCCCUGACUGGCGAGUUGGCACACAGCCAAAUACGAUACGGGUUGAGGAUCUUGUUCUCGUUAGCUUGCAUCAUGUGUCUAUGGGAUCUUGGCAGCCUCAUCUUAGACUUCGUCGG